UUGGUCACCAUUUCGUACAUGCGUCGAUUUUUCGUCAGUGUUCCUCGCGUGCAGACGCGUUUUCGUUUUUCUCGCCGCUUUCCUUUAAAUUUUAAAUAAAAUAUAGUGCUUUGGUUUUUGCAACGUGAUAUAAACAGAAGUGUGUGCUCAUUAAAGCACAAAUGCAGCCAACUACAGUGAAGCCUGGGCAAUGGAUGUUGGCAAUGCAAGCGCUCGUAACAAAGAACGCAAACGGAAUGUCCACGCACAAAUAACAUCAGCACAACUACAGUGAUCACCGCAGCACAUACCAAACACACAAACAUUCAAAAACAAAAACGUUUCAAACAAACACUUCAAAAAUCAAAAAUUUAAAGCAUACAAAAUCAAAAAGCUAGCGACAAAAAAACAAAAAAAAAAAGCCCCCAUUAGUCACAGUAAAACUUGUGUAAUUAUCACCCGAAAACAAACGAAUCGGCAUGUUCAAUUUCCAUAAACCACGCGUCUACCGCUCCGCGGAUGGCUGCUGCAUUUGCCGUGCCAAAUCGAGUAGUUCCCGGUUCACCGCCUCCCGGAAGUACGAGAAGGAGUCGAUGCAGUGCUUCAAUCUCCACGAGCCGCGAAACGGAGAGAUCUGCAACGCCUGCGUCCUCCUGGUCAAGCGCUACAAGCGUCUGCCUAUCGGGAGCAAGCGCCACUGGGGUCAUGUGGUGGACGCCCGUGCUGGACCCGGAACGAAAUCCAUGGCUAAACAAAAGAAGCGCGACAACGAAGCGGCGGAGGGCAAGAACGCCAAUGGCAGCGCCAACUCAUUCCUGCCCGAAAAGUUCGCCAAGAUCUUCAAGAAGAAUCGCAAGGGCAAGGCCACAACGGCUUCGGCACAGUCUGGAGCAGCAGCAGCCGCAUCAACAUCGGUCUCCGGUGUUCUAAAUCGUCCCAGCAGCACUUCACCUACCUCCGAGCAUCAGCCCAGCGAUUCCAACGAGAGCUACGACGAUGAGCAGAUGCCGCCGGGACUAAUGGGAUCCCCCGGAGCUCCCUAUCAAACUCGCAAGCGUACGGCGGCCGCUGCCCUAGCAAUUUCUGCAGACUCGGAGACCAGCAAGCGCCCGAAGUUGACCGGGAGCAACCGACGUCGUCAGAUGGCACCGCAAAAAAAUCGUCGGGCCGUCGACAAUGUGCCCUUUUUCGAGAAGAGCGAUCUCGUACGCCUGGAGGUCUGUUGCGGUGUGGUCUUCCAGAGCCUGUCCCUCGGCAACUGUUGCUACAUCAUCGAUCCGGAGCUGUACAAACCGUGCGAGAUGCACCAGCGUCUGCGCCACCACCAGCUGCAGCUGAAGCUCAAGCAGCAGCAGCAACUCGAGCUGCCGGUGGAGGCCACGAAUCCCAUUCCCAUCGCACAGGCCAUCUCUACUCAAGUUAAAAGCCAGGGGCCAAAGAUGGGGCCACUCAAGAAGCACCAUAUGUACUUCAAGCGUCAGUCGCAGGCAUUUCCGGAGAGUGAUACCCCUAGCAUAAGUCCAAUUCCAUUGAGCAAGACUGAUACUGAAACUGAGACAAUGUCGUCGUCGAAGCCACAUUCCAAUCUGUCGCUGAACCAGAAGCCCACCGACCAGUCCCAAUCGCAGUCCCAACCGGCGACCGAAAACCAAACCCAAACCGUUUCCGUGGGCGCUGCCUCGCCAUCGUCGCUGUCCAAUUGCUCCACCUCAUCCUCGGUGGCCAACAAGUUCAACGACAACUCCUCGGAUUCGGGAUUCGAUGAGCAUGUGCUGGAGCGCAAGUCUGUCAGUCCACCAACGGAUGAGUGGAAACUGCGUGGAUCACUUGUUGGUGGCAGGCAGCUAAUCCUGGCCAGCGGUCUUCCACUGGCUGGACAGCCGCAGAAUCUGGUGCUGGCUGGCAACGAGUUUACGGCACGCAUUGUGCAGCAGCGCGAAACCGGAGACGGAGCUCCGGUAGCAGGAGCAGCAGCAGCAGGAGGAGCACCUGUCAAAAUCAACGUACUCGGCGGAUCUCAGGGCAAUGGCAAUAUAAUGCGCGCAAUAUUCAAUAGCGCGAACAGCAUUCAGCACGAGAACGGGGUGACCACCAUACUGCCAGCCUCCUCACUGGCGGCCACCAAUCAAACUGCCGCCAUGAACGCCAUUGCGCCCAGCACGGUGACCAUAACGCCGUCAUCAGUGGGCAAGAAGGUGGCGGUGCCCCCGAGUCCCAAGUUUAUACUGCUGAAGCCGGCCAAAUUUGUGGGCCAAGCGGGAGCAGCAGUGACGGCGGCCACUUCGGCGGAGCCACCUGCUCCUCAUCCUCCUCCAGAAGCCAAAAUCGUAUAAGCGAGCGAAAACGAAAGAGAGAGAGAUAGAGAUAGAUAGGAGAUGCCUAGCGUCUCGCAGGGAGUUUUCCCCCUGUUACAUUUGUUAUACUUCAAUCUACCUAUUUAAUGGCUACAGAAAGCCAACCUCCCUCCCAUCAAUUUAUUAUUUUUUUUUGUACUUUUUAUUUCUUAUCUCAACGUUUGAGGAAGAGUGUUCCCCACACACGUAUUUAUUCUAAGUUGUGCCCCCAAAGCAGUGCAUAGUGUACAUAAACAACACGGUUUACUUGUAUCCAUAUAUCUCCCCUACAAAUGUUCUUUGUAGAAUACUCAGCCGAAGCAGCAGCUCCCAUUUCAUUUAGGGUAGUAUUUAACACUUCAGAAACACCUUAACUUAGACGUUACUUUAUGUAAAUACGUUUUAAGCCAGCAUAAUGACUUGUUUUUGUCUAGUUGCCCAACUUAGUCAACGUGUCUGCCCCAAUCCCUCCAUUACCAUGUUGAGCGGUAUUGUCAAACGGAUUGCAGAACGGAGAGCAGUUUUGGAAGCGACUUUCGUAGUAGUUGGACGUGUAGUAGUUCAGUGCCCUAGUAGUCUGUAGUUGAACACAAAGUUUGCUCUUUUCCGGCGAGGCUGGAAAAACAUAGCCUUUAGCGUGGCGAAAGAGCGAACAAAACCACCCAAAACACACAGAAACAUACAAAUUGUAGCCUUAGGAAUGCCUAAACAAACAAACAAGAAACACAAGAAAAAGAAACCAAUGUGUGUUAAAAGAAAAUGUUUUUUUAUUUCAAAUACAAAUACAAAUAAAAUAUUUGGAACUAUA